AUGGGGUACGAGGCCAACCUUAGCAUGAAGUUCGACCAGGCCACUGCAGGUGUUGGCGUGGUGAUGUUCCGCAAGACCCAGCGCCUGCCUGCGGCCUCCCUUGGGCCCGACGGCAAGAGCACCGAGGAGCCCAAGCCAGGAGAGCCCAUCACAAGGAGGCCCAAUGCGAUGAUGGUGGUGAACAACGACGUCAUCGCCAACUUCCACGGGCUUGCCUUUAGCACGGCGCUGACCUUCAAUGCCACGUUCACCGUGGCGAUCCUUUUGAUCCUCAUGGCCGUCAAGCUGCGGCUGGCGACCUUGUUCUGCCUCGGUGUGGCGGUGCCAGCUUUGACGGUCUCGGUGGUGCUGAGCGGCGCGAUGGGCAUCAACAUGAUGCAACUCCAGGAUGUCAUGGACAAGCGCAUUUACAUGAUCCGGGAGGUGAUGAAGGGCAUCCGCAUCGUGAAGUGCUACGCCUGGGAGCAGGCCAUGGAGGACCAGAUCACCAAGCUCAGAACCAGGGAGCUGGGGAUUCUGCAGACCUACUUCAAGUUGUGUACCAACUUUGUGGCGCUCUUCAACGUUUUUCCCAGGUUACUGACCUGCGCCGGGCUGUGGGGCUUCAUCCGCCUGUAUGGCCGGCACGACCUGGCCUCCAUCUUCGCCUGUCUGCAGAUCCUGGCCUCCCUGAGGCAAGAGAGCUCCGUCUUGUCCGGGGGUCUGCAGCGCCUGGUCACCGUGCGGAUCAGCGCGGCCCGCAUCGAGACCUACCUCAGGUUGGAGGAAGCCCCAGUGCUGCCGGGCGUCUCCGUGCCAAAGUGGGUGGACAUCUGGGCCGAGGACUCUAGCCAGCGGAAGGAGGCGCCGGUCUUCAAGCUGUCCGGCAGCUUCAGGUGGAGCCAAGACCCCAACGCGCCCACGGUGCUGCACGAGAUCUCCAUGGAGGUGAAGCCAAAAGAGAUGGUGGCGAUUGUGGGGGGCGUUGGCUGUGGGAAGAGCACGCUGUUGGAGGCGGCUUUGGGGGAGCUCUACCCUGCCAAGGAUUCGAAGGCCCACCUCUCGCGGCCCCACGUCUGCGGAUACUGCCGGGGAAACCCGGAAACGCGAGCGAGCGGCCGAGUGGGUGCUUGA